CCGCCUCCACCCCAAGACCCUCUGGCCCUCUCACUUCUGCCGCUGUGGAAGCUACAACUGCCGAGUUCCCGGAACUUGAAUCCGUGCCCGUUGCCCGCAGCCGGGGUCUAGCGGCAAACUAGUUGUAGGGGAGACGGCCCCCGAGCGUGGGUUCAUCGUGGGGCGCCCGGGCUGGCAGUGCAUCUCCUGGUAGGAGAGGUGAAGAGACGCAGACGUGCCUAUGGUCUCAACAACUUCGGCAAACUUCUCGCUCAGCCCGAGCGCCCUCUCCGCCCAGUGCUCGGAGACAGCCGAGGAGUAGGUACGGAGCAAGGGUGGGUGGCCUCGCCCACCCGGGAAGGGAUAACUUUGCCGGCGCAGGCAACGCUCUAGGAUGGCGCCUACGGCCGCGGGUGCACCGUCGGGAUCCGGGCGCCUCGGAUCCCCGGCUUAUCGGCCGGGCCAGGCCGGGGUCUCGGGCCCGAGAACGGAACGGAACGGAACGCCGCGUCAGCGGCGCCACGCCCUCCAGCCACGCCCUGCAGGCGUGGGCGGGCCCGGGCUGCCCCCAGCUGCAGAUCGCCGGGUAAUGAGAUGCUAAUGAGGCGCGAAUAAAGCCUCCGCGGGUUGCGCGUCCCGUGCGGAAGCUCACACUCAGACUGAAUCCACGGCCCCGCGCAGCCAGGGUGCAGUCCUGCAGUCGCGGCUUUUGGUCCGCGCCCCUCCACCUCCACGACCGCCUUCUCUCUGUCCCCGGCCCCCAACCCGCCCCGACUGGGACACCCGCUGGGCAGGAAGCGGCCCCUACGGGCUCCCAAGCCCCCGCCUCCUCCCUUCUCUCCUUCCCUUCUCUCCAGCAGCCACGUGCCUCUGCCCCUCCCUGGGAGUCCCAGGGGUCUCCAUGGCCUCAGCUACCUCCACCAACCCAGCACAUGCCCACUUUGAGAGCUUCCUGCAGGCCCAGCUGUGCCAGGAUGUGCUGAGCAGCUUCCAGGGGCUAUGUAGGGCCCUAGAGCUGGAGCCUGGCGGGGGGCUGCCACAGUACCACAAGAUCAAGGCCCAGCUCAACUACUGGAGCGCCAAGUCCCUGUGGGCCAAGCUGGACAAGCGAGCCAGUCAGCCUGUCUACCAGCAGGGUCGGGCCUGCACCAGCACCAAGUGCCUGGUGGUGGGUGCGGGACCUUGUGGGCUGCGGGCUGCUGUGGAGCUGGCAAUGCUCGGGGCCCGGGUGGUGCUGGUGGAAAAGCGCACCAAGUUCUCUCGCCACAACGUGCUCCACCUCUGGCCCUUCACCAUCCAUGACCUUCGGGCACUCGGCGCCAAGAAGUUCUAUGGGCGCUUCUGCACAGGCUCCCUGGACCACAUCAGCAUCCGGCAACUGCAGCUGGUUUUGUUGAAAGUGGCAUUACUGCUGGGGGUGGAAAUUCACUGGGGUGUCACUUUCACUGGCCUCCAGCCCCCUCCCAAAAAGGGGAGUGGCUGGCGUGCCCAGCUCCACCCCAACCCUCCAGCUCAACUGGCCAACUAUGAAUUUGAUGUCCUCAUCUCUGCUGCUGGAGGUAAAUUCGUUCCUGAAGGCUUCACGGUGCGAGAAAUGCGUGGCAAACUGGCCAUUGGCAUCACGGCCAACUUUGUGAACAGACGCACCGUGGAAGAGACACAGGUGCCCGAGAUCAGUGGCGUGGCCAGGAUCUACAACCAGAGCUUCUUCCAGAGCCUGCUCAAAGCCACAGGCAUUGAUCUGGAGAACAUCGUGUACUAUAAGGAUGACACCCACUACUUUGUGAUGACAGCCAAGAAGCAGUGCCUGCUGCGGCUGGGGGUGCUCCGCCAGGACUGGCCAGAGACCGACCGGCUGCUGGGCAGUGCCAAUGUGGUGCCUGAGGCUUUGCAGCGCUUUGCUCGGGCAGCUGCCGACUUCGCCACCCACGGCAAGCUCGGGAAGCUGGAGUUUGCCCAGGACGCCCACGGGCGGCCUGACGUUUCUGCCUUUGACUUCACAAGCAUGAUGCGGGCAGAGAGCUCUGCUCGGGUGCGGGAGAAGCACGGCGCCCGACUGCUGCUGGGGCUGGUCGGGGACUGCCUGGUGGAGCCCUUCUGGCCCCUGGGCACUGGAGUGGCCCGGGGCUUCUUGGCAGCCUUUGAUGCCGCCUGGAUGGUGAAGCGGUGGGCAGAGGGCACCGGGCCCCUGGAGGUGUUGGCAGAGCGAGAGAGCCUGUACCAGCUCCUGUCCCAGACAUCCCCGGAGAACAUGCACCGCAAUGUGGCCCAAUACGGACUGGACCCGGCCACCCGCUAUCCCAACUUGAACCUUCGGGCUGUGACCCCCACUCAGGUACGAGACCUGUAUGACGUGGAGGCUAAGGAGCCUGUGCGGAAGAUAAGUGACAAAAUGGACUCAGGAAAGCCAGCCACUGGGUCGGUGGGCACCCAGGAGGAGCUGCUACGCUGGUGCCAGGAGCAGACGGCUGGGUACCCAGGUGUCCAUGUCACUGACCUGUCUUCUUCCUGGGCUGACGGGCUGGCUCUGUGUGCCCUGGUGCACCGGCUGCGGCCUGGCCUACUGGAACCCUCGGAGCUGCAGGGAAUGGGGGCUUUGGAAGCAACUUCUUGGGCACUGAAGAUGGCAGAGCAUGAGCUGGGCAUCACGCCGGUCUUGUCUGCACAGGCAGUGGUGUCCAGGAGCGACCCACUGGGCCUCAUCGCCUACCUCAGCCACUUCCACAGUGCCUUCAAGAGCACACCCCACAACCCAGGUCCCGUCAGCCAAGGCACUCCGGGCACCGCCAGCGCUGUACUCUUCCUUGGCAAACUGCAGAGGACACUGCAACGGACCCGGGCCCAGGCAGAUGGGGAGGACGCAGGUGGCAAGAAGCCCCGCCUGGAGAUAAACGCACACGGGCUGGACAGUCCCUUCCAUGAGGUCGAGGCUGACACUCCAGGUACCAAGGAGCCAUCUGUCCCAGAGCCCAGUCCCCCUGUGACACCCCCAUCUGAACCCCAGGAGGCCAGUGCUGAGGACCUGUGUGCGCUCUGUGGCCAACACCUCUACAUCCUAGAACGCCUCAGUGUUGAGGGCCGUUUCUUCCACCGGAGCUGCUUCCGCUGCCAGGUCUGUGAGGUCACACUGUGGCCAGGGGCCUACGGGCAGCACCCAGAAGAUGGACAUUUCUACUGCCUCCAGCACCUACCCCAGCCAGGCCACAAAGAGGACAGUGGCCACAGAGGUCCUGCAAGUCAGGACCUUCCCACACCAGGGGAGAAUAACAUGCCAUCAGGACCCUCACCUCCCACAGCCCCCCAGGAGGAGACCGGUCCCGUCCCAAGCCCCAGCCAGCCCACCCGUCGGCUGAUCCGCCUCUCCAGUCCAGAACGCCAGCGGUUAUCCUCCCUUCAUCUCACCCCUGACCCGGAAAUGGAGCCACCACCCAAGCCCCCGCGAAGCUGCUCUGCCUUGGCCCGCCAGGCCCUGGAGGGAAGCUUUGUGGGCUGGGGGGUGCCAGUCCAGAGCCCUCAAGUUCUUGCAGCUAUGGGGAAUGAGGAAGAAGAGAGUCCGUCCUCCAGUGAAGAGGAAGCAGAGGAGGAGGAAGAUGUGCCUUUGGACUCAGACAUGGAACAAGUUCUGUGGAACUUGGUCAAGAAUUCAGGCCCCAUGAACAAUUACCCAACGUGGCGUAGGACUCUGUUGCGCCGCGCUAGGGAGGAGCAGAUGAAGCGGUUCUGCAAGGCUCAGACCAUCCAGCGGCGACUAAAUGAGAUCGAGGCUGAUCUGAGGGAGCUGGAGGCCAAGGGCACGGAGCUGGAGCUGUCCUUGAGAAGCCAGAGCAGUUCCCCUGAACAGCAAAAGGCGCUCUGGCUGGAACAGCUGCUACAGCUCGUUCAAAAGAAAAACACCCUGGUGGCCGAGGAGGCUGAUCUCAUGAUCACGGUGCAGGAACUGACCUUGGAGGAGAAACAGUGGCAGCUGGACCAAGAGCUACGAACCUACAUGAACCGGGAAGAAAGUCUAAAGACAGCUGUUGAUCGGCAGGCUGAGGACCAGGUCCUGAGGAAGCUGGUGGAUGUGGUGAACCAGCGAGAUGCCCUCAUCCGCUUCCAGGAGGAGCGCAGGCUCAGUGAGCUGGCCUCUGGGCCUGGGGCCCAGGGCUAGAAGAGGGUGGGGCUGUCUGUUUCUUCCUCUGCAAGGAGACCACCUCACCCUAGCAGAGUGCCACCCCACUCAUCUGGGCUGCCCAGGAGAGGCCUCACUAUUCAUAAUAAAAUUUCUACCCCCUUA